AUGAGACGAAACAGUAUCUCUGCUCUUGCCUUGCUGCCUUUGCUCUCCGAGGUGCAGGCUGCUCUUGAUGGCGAUGCUUUGGCGAAGCAGUACUUUGGCAACGAUGCGCCUUGGUACCGCAAUCGCAUCCCGUUCUUCGAGACCAGCGACAGGGAUCUCACCGAUGUCUAUUACUACCGUUGGAACAUAUUUCGCGCCCACCAGCGCGACCUUGGCGCAAGCGGCUUUAUUUCGACUGAGUUUCUGGACGACGUGGGCUGGCAGACCAAGCCAUGGGCGUCUUUAAACGAUGCUACGGGCUUCCAUCUGCUUGAAGGCCGCUGGUGCCGUGAUCGACGUUUCAAGGAGGACUACGCCACGUUCAUGUUUAGCUCGAAUAGUAACACCCGUCAGUUCUCUGAGAGCAUGGCAGCCUCGGUUUAUAAGGGCUAUCUUGUUGACGGUGUCGCUACGGAUGCUACUGCGCGCUUGGACGCUAUGACGUCCGUGUUUGAUGCAUGGCAGGACGCCUUCGACACAUCAAAGGGUCUUUACUAUGUAGAGCCGCUCCGCGAUGCCACCGAAUACACCAUCUCCAGUAUUGAUGCUACCAAUGGCACAGACGGCUUCACCGGAGGCAACGCUUUCCGACCGAGUAUCAACUCCUACCAGUAUGACAACGCGAUCUCAAUCGCGAAGCUUGCUCAGUUGAAGGGCACCUCUAAUGAUACCGUCAUAACCUAUAAUAAAAGGGCUGCCGACAUCAAAAGCCGCGUGCAAAACGACCUCUGGAACUCGACUCUGGAGCACUUCAUCGAUCGUUUCCAGGUUAACAACGAAUUCGUCAAGUACUGGGACUUCAUCCGUGGCCGUGAGCUUGUUGGUUUCGUUCCCUGGGCUCACGAUUUGCCAGAUGACACUCCUGAGUUCGCCGAGGCGUGGAAGCACGCUCUAGAUACCAACGAGUUUGCGGGCUCUCAUGGCCUCCGCACCGUCGGCCCCACAUACCAAUACUACAUGCGCCAGUACCGCUAUGUGGAAGAGAACGGUACACAGCCAGAAUGCCAGUGGUCAGGCCCGUCAUGGGCUUUUCAGACGACUCAGGUGCUUACCGGUCUUGCGAAUUUUCUCGAUCACUACCCCGACGGAACCGCCACCGGUACCAUCAGUCGGAGCGACUAUACUAAGCUCCUACAACAGUACGCUAGGUUGCAUUACAACCCUGAGCGUGGCAACAUUUUAGACCUUGAGGAGGACUACUACCCAGAUACCGGCUAUCCAAUCGUCGGACUGAAGCGGUCCCUUCACUACUUCCACUCUGGAUUCGUUGACUUGAUUCUCUCCGGCUUUGUCGGUAUUCGCCCCAGUGCCGAUGAUAUUCUUGAGAUCAAUCCUGCUGCCGAGGCGCCUGCCAUUUCAUACUUCCGUGCUGACUCGAUCAUAUAUCACGGCCAUGAGAUCGCUGUGCAGUGGGAUGCCGAUGGUUCACGUUACGGCUCAGCAGGUCUCAAGGUCGAAGUCGAUGGUCAAGAAGUUGCUUCUUCGCCUACUCUCGCCCGCUUGAGCGUUCAGCUUGGACGUACUGCACCCCCCGCUAUCACUCGCAAGAUCGCCAAAUCCGUCAAGCUCAGUACCGAUACUGCAUUCCCCGCCGGCAGCGCCUCGGUUUCUGGUGUUGAUGCUGCUUCUCUUUACGGCGCGAUUGAUGGCCGGAUUUGGUUCUUCCCUGAGACCGAAGUCGCUAACGGCUGGAGCACACCUCAGGGCAACGGCACCAAUGUCUGGUUCCAGGUCGACUUUGGCUCUUCUACCGCUAUCAGCAGCGCUGAGAUUGCUUUCUUUGCAAAUGCAGAGCAGGGCUUCGAUGCGCCAACUGGCUACCGUGUCCAAGUUGCCAACGGCGAUUCGUGGGUUGAUGUGUCCGAGUCUAAGUACGCUGAGCCCGUAGCCAACGGUAUCACAGAAGCGUCAUGGUCGGAGGCGAGCAGCAGCCAGGUCAGGAUCGUAUUCUCGCCAAAGGAUGGUCAGAAGGUCAGGCUUGUGGAGUUUAAGCUGUUCUAG